AUGCGCAUUGGGUCGCAGUCGAAAAGACCGCCGAACGAGAUGUGUUCUUUGUCCGACACACAGCUGACGUCAACCAGAACUGCCGAAAUUGUGGCCAACUCGCCGCAGUUUCGCCGCAAGUCGUCGAUUUUCGUCGAUGCUAUCCACGAUCUGCCCGAAAAGGCCGAUCUUGCUCCGGCCCAGCUGUACAGCACCGAAUCGGGCCGGCUCUUUCACUCGGGCCGGAUCGUGAUCAUCACCGUGGGGUUGCCCGCAAGAGGAAAGACGCUUGGAGUCAAGACUAGGAUCUUCCAUCUUGGAGAUUAUCGACGCGCCACCAUUCCAUUUGGGGAGGAUAUGCCAGAUGAUUAUUUCUAUGUCAAUGCCACUGCAUCAUCAGUCCUUUUGCGCCAGAAGAUUGUUCGCAAGUGCCGAGAAGAUAUUUACCAUUUUUUGAAUCACGAAAAUGGUCAAAUUGCAAUCUACGAUGCGGUAAACCCUCUGGCUUCGGGACGCCGUUCGCUCGCCAAGGAAUUCGCGAAACAUGAUAUUGAGACACUUUUCAUUGAGUCCUGGUGUGAUGACGAGAAGAUCAUCGAGGAAAACGUCCGCAGAGUCAAAAUCUCUUCUCCUGAUUACGUUUCAUGGAAGCCCGAGGAUGCUGUCAAGCAUUAUCUAACCCGUAUCUCUGCUCGCAUUCCCCAAUUCCAAACGAUGGAGGAAAAGGACCUGAACUAUAUCAAGGUUGGAACCUUUUGGAUUAUGACCAAACUCUUCGCUAAUCCUUUUCAGAUGAUUAACGCAGGUGAACGGCUCAUCGUUAACAACCGAAGUUUCGGAUAUCUCUCAAACCGCAUCGUGUUUUAUCUCUUGAACCUGCAUAUCAAAUCCAGACGAACUUACUUUGCACGGGCCGGCGUUUCUGUGGAAGCAGACUCUUACAAAGCCGACGCUUCUCUCUCGGAGCAAGGAGAGGAUUAUGCUAAGAAAAUGACCGAAUGUCUGAUGGCUCACCGGGAAUCUGAAAAACAAGAAAUGAUCGAUCGAGGCGAGACUGGCUAUGAGCUCCGACCUUUGAAGGUCUGGACGUCCACCCGCCGUCGAACUGUCGAAACCGCGAAGUAUCUUUAUGAACAGGGUUAUAAGGUUCGACAGCGAUCUCAGAUGAGCCAGCUCAACCCAGGAGUCUGUGAGAAGAUGUCCGAAAAGCGAAUUCGAGCUGAGUAUGCCGACGAGGUGUCAAAGCAUGAGCUUGACCCCUAUCACCAUCGCUACCCCCGUGCAGAGUCUUAUCAUGAUCUGGCCGUUCGUCUUGAACCCAUUAUUCUCGAACUCGAGAGAGAGCAGAAUGACCUACUCAUCAUUGCCCACGAAAGCGUUCUGAGAGUCUUGUACGGCUAUCUCAUGGCCUGCAAUGCUGCCGAUAUACCGUUCCUGGAGUUCCCUCGCGAUGAAAUCAUUGAGAUCAUCCCCGAGAGCUAUCAAAACGAGGCAAGCCGCAUUCAUAUUCCCGGUCUUCCAGAAGAAAUCAUCCCAGCCUCACCUGAAGACUUGAAGAUCCCAGUGCCUCCAAGUGGCGGAGUUUCUCCCGCCCAAGGAUUAGGCAGUCCACAGGAUGGCAAUGCCACUCCGACUGGAAUCAGCCGUACUCCAAGUGGAAUUCGAACUCCUCGGGAACCCGAGAGAAUUUCUCAGCAACACGUUGAAGACGUCGUUUGA